AUGCUAUCCCUUCGACACACCGUAUCUCAGCGCCUCUCAGCGGCGCUCGGAAGUCCGGUACAGUACCUCGCUGUCAGGAGAAACCACGGCGAUCCCGGACCGCAGACUUCUGCUCAUCGCAAGUCCCAGCGGAGCCGGCUUCGUGAUGUCGCGAUAGGGCAAAGCGGGUCUGCCAGACGGCGCAGCGAGAUUGAUGGUGACACCUUCCGCGCAAUACUAUCGGCGGAACCGCCUCUCGUGGAGGAAAGGCGUCCCAAACGAGAGUAUCAACCCAGGGAGAGGCGGCCGAGGGAACCGGUGAUCCCUGGUCGAGAUGGAGGGAUGCGGCGGGAUCGGCCGGCGAGGGCAUGGGAUGCGGAGACGAACAAGUGGAAGUUCUUGGGAGGUGAAGGAGGCGGAAGAUUGGGGGCGCAGGCUGGACAGCACAGCUCCGAGGCCUUUGACAGGGGAUCAAGGGGUCACGGUGGACGGGACUACGUUCCGCGCGAUACAAGCUCCUCCUCUGCGUUCACUCCUGGCAUACGAGGGGAUCGGUCAGACUCUCCUUUCAGCCGGCGGUCAUCACCCGCAUCUCGUCCCCCAUAUCCGGAGCGCGGCGCGACAGCCGGGUCAUCCUCUGGGACUCGGAGCAAAGAUGACCCAUUCACCACCUCGGCCCUGUUGCGAGACCACAUCAAGGCAUGCCAAACGCCCAUGUCUAACCAACAAGUCGACGCGGCUAUGCGGAUCGUCGAGACCGCGCCGAGAGCAUCGGUGAAUGCGGUGGUCUGGAAUCAAUUGUUGGCGAUGCUGGGAAGGGAGGGGAGGAUGGAGAAGAUGUGGAAAGUAUACAAUGAUAUGAAGAAGUCAGGCAUCAAGCCGACUGCACACACCUACACCUCCCUCCUCAACAGCUACGCCGGUCUCGCGCACUCGGCCGUCCCAUUUCACACCACCUCCCAAUCACACGCCGUCCCUCCUCCCAACCACCUCUCCCGCGUCUCCAUCAUCUGGAAACAGGCUCAAACCCAUCUGUCCACUCUCUCCUCGGCUCCGUCGGGCCUGAGCGUUCCCGAGGCACCCGCCGAAACGACUGACGGCAACCUCUUCGGUCCGAUCAACGCAUACCUCAAAUUCUUGGCCAAGUACCGGAUGUGGGAGGAGAUGUGGAGUGUCUAUACGGAUGCUGUAGCCAAGGAGGAAAAGUGGGAUCGAGUGGGAUAUACGACCAUGUUCCAGGCGCUGCCAAGUCUCGCGAGGAAGCAGGUCGCGGAUGCUAGGAAUGGGGCGGAUAAGAGGGGACAGAUCAUGGUCGGCCCGCUGGCCAGGGAGCUGUGGGAUGACGCGAUCAAGUCACUGGCGGGCAAGAAUGUUGAUGAAGGGGGACUUGACAGCCAUCUGGCGGGCAUGGGGGUGAGCGCGCUCCUGAUGGGCCGGCCCGAGGAUCAGAGAUUCGCACUCAGCCUCAUUCCCGAAUUAUGGGGUCUCGCGGGACUUCCGUCCGAGACCCCAAGCACCAUACCGGUGUCCGAAACCCCCGCCAUCCGCUUACCCAACCUCAAAAUCGAUGUCAGAUCGGCUACCACCCUCCUCCACUCCCUCAUCACUGCCUCUCGCCCCACCCUGGCCUCUCACUACGCGACUCUUCUCCUCUCCCGCCCUCGGAUACGCAAAGAGGCAGACCCACCCCUCCUCUACGCCUGCGCUACCGCUUUCGCGGAAACCGGGGACAUCAUCGCCAUCCUCGACCUGCUCCAGAAGCACGCUCACCGCCCCCCACAGGCCGGAUGGAAGAUAGGCUUUUGGCAUGACUGCCUCACCGCUGCCAGAUGGGCGCGUGUAGACGGGGCAGGCGGUCUGAAGGGGGACUGGGAGGGUAUCAAAGCUGUUCUGGGGUGGAUGGGUGUCGUCCCCAAGGCUCAAGCACCCGUGGCGGACGAGUGGAAGAGAAAGCCAGCGGCUCAUCGGCCAGAUAUCAUCAAGCCGGUCAGGCUCGACGCCAAAGCUAUGGCCAUCAUCCUCAAGACGGCUCUCGGGCGAACCAAGGCGCAAGUGAUGGAGGCCGUGGGCGUGCUCGAUCGGGCGGGGCUGGGGUACAUUCUCAGGGAGUUUGAAGGGGAGACGAACGCUGUGCGGGCAUGGGAGGAGGUCAGAGGCAAAGAUGGGAACCGAUGGGAGUGGACAAAGGAGUUGAGCAAGGAGAUGGUGCGUGCUUUGGAGGGGCUGGGGGAGAGGGAUGCGCUGGCGGUGUGUGAGAGCGGGACGAUUGAGGUGAUUGAGCGGCUGUAUACGCGGGAGAAGAGGAGGGAGCGGAGCUCGCCGCACGGGGGAGUGGACAGGGGAGGAAGUCGGGAUGUACAGGAGAACCCACGUCCUGUGUACAGGCAGGCGUGA